AUGAAGAAAAUACAUCUGUUUCUCUUCUUUCUUUUAUUAAGUAUAAAAAAGAAAAAUUGCUUUAAAAAAGACAUAAAAAAUAAUAUUUUAAAAAAUGGUAUGAACAGUAAUAUUUUAAAAAAUGGUAUGAACAGUAAUAUUUUAAAAAAAGAUGGAAAGGAAGAAAAUGUUUUAAAAAAUGACAACAUUGCGGGACAAACGAGUAAAAAUGAACAAAAUGAAGGUCAAAAAAAACAGUUACGUAAUAAGGAUGUAGAAAAAAAAGGGAAUACAAACAACAGCAUUUAUUCUUUUGCUUCCUUAAAAUUUAUUCCAUUCAUUGUACAGUCAUUCAUUCACACAGGAGCUAAGUUAACACAAGGACAAAUAGAAGAAAAACAUAUUUAUAAUUUUGAAAAGAGUCCAACAGUUCGUUAUUUGCUAAUUGCAGAGGAAAGGAAAAAUAAUUUUCUAUACAUUGUAUUUCUUGUUAUAUCAUUUGCCGUAGUCUUGCUUAUUUCCUUUUUCAUUUUUAAGUUUUUUUUCAAUUUAUAA